GAGGCUGGCAGCGGAGCUUUGAAUAGGGAAGUUUUGCAGGGGUUACGCUUGCAGUCAGUCCGCUGUUUGCAAAUAUUGCGUGGGCUCGGCGCGCUGCGGGCUGCGGGAGGGUCCGGACCCGGCGUCCGAUUGCAGCGCCAUCCAGUUUGCAUGAAACUUUCACCUGCGCUCCCGGGAACAGUUUCUGCUCGGACUCCUGAUCGUUCACCUCCCUGUUUUCCCGACAGCGAGGACUGUCUUUUCCAACCCGACAUGGAUGUGCUCCCAAUGUGUAGCAUCUUCCAGGAACUACAGAUUGUGCACGAAACGGGCUACUUCUCGGCUCUGCCGUCCCUGGAGGAAUAUUGGCAACAGACCUGCCUGGAGUUGGAACGCUAUCUUCAGAGUGAGCCCUGCUACGUGUCAGCCUCUGAGAUAAAAUUUGACAGCCAGGAAGACCUGUGGACCAAAUUCAUUCUAGCUCGGGGGGAGAAGAAGGAGGAAUCAGAACUGAAGAUUUCUUCUAGUCCCCCAGAGGACUCUCUGAUCAGCUCCAGCUUUAAUUAUAACUUAGAGACCAAUAGCCUGAACUCUGAUGUCAGCAGUGAGUCUUCGGACAGUUCAGAGGAACUUUCACCCACGACCAAAUUUACCUCUGAUCCCAUUGGUGAAGUCUUAGUCAAUUCAGGAAAUCUGAGUUCCUCCGUCAUUUCCACACCUCCAUCUUCUCCAGAAGUGAACAGGGAAUCUUCUCAACUAUGGGGCUGUGGGCCAGGAGACCUGCCCUCACCUGGGAAGGUUCGAAGUGGGACCUCUGGGAAGUCUGGUGACAAGGGUAAUGGCGACGCCUCCCCAGAUGGCAGAAGACGGGUACAUCGGUGCCACUUUAAUGGCUGCAGGAAAGUUUACACGAAAAGCUCCCACUUGAAAGCACAUCAGCGCACUCACACAGGAGAAAAGCCUUACAGAUGCUCAUGGGAAGGUUGUGAGUGGCGUUUUGCAAGAAGUGAUGAGUUGACCAGACACUUCCGAAAGCAUACCGGUGCCAAGCCUUUUAAAUGCUCCCACUGUGACAGGUGUUUCUCCAGGUCUGACCACCUGGCCCUGCACAUGAAGAGGCACCUCUGAAGGAGCAGAGGGACGAAUCCUGUAGGCUAAAAGAGGCUUCCAGGCUAAGAGGCGGCCAUGGAAGGAGGGAUGCCUGUAACAGCCAAAGCAUGCCAUUUUGCUUCCUAUCCAGUUACCUCCAGGGGCCUCUCUUUGGAAGGUCUUUUGAGGGCUACAAAAGUCAUGUCAGGAGUGGCAUAGCACCCAUGGUGCAUGGUGUUUGGGUGACCCCGGACUCACCACUGGUUCCUAACCUUCUGAGAGGCUCUAAGCUUUUGGCCGUGAGCAUGCGCACUGAGAAUGUUAGUGGGUGGGAUGGUUGUGUUGAGGAUCUAUUACUGACUGUAUGGUGAGGCAGACUUUUUUUUUCUCCCCCUAUGUGGUAUCAAAUAACUGCAAGAGACAGAAAAAAAAAAAAGCAGUUUGAAUGUUUUGUGUGUGAGGAGUAUACCAAGGGAUGAGUUGACCACCAAUCAUUUCCUGAAGGGUGUCUGCACCUUAGAAAAAAAUAAACAAAAACAACAACAAAAAAAUAAAUAAAAGUUAAAAUAAUAAAAAAAAAGAUGGAAAAACAUGGAGGGUGGGAGCGGGAACUCAGGACCCAUUGUGGUGAGUGUUAAGGGCAGGGGGAGCCCCUGUGCCCCUUUCCUGUGUGAAAGGACUUUCUGGUGUCUGGUGCAGCUAUAGAAUGUGCAGUGUGUCAAGUAGCUUGUUUUACUGGCUACAUGGAGCUCAUUUGUAACCCAUUGUAUAAGCUGUAUUUACAAAUCGCAGUGGUCAUUUUCCCUUAUAAUACAAAAAAACAAGUCGUGCAUGGUCUGGGGGAGCUAUAAACGUUUAACAUUUUUAAAUUGCGUCUCCAAUCUUGAUUCCAAUUAAUAAGCAGCUAUAAGAUCUAAUUUGUGUAGAAUAAUGAUUCCUUAAGCCAUUUAGGCCUGGCAAGACACGUUCUCCCCCCUCCCCCCCCCAGAUCCUUCUAUUUUGUAACACUCCCAUGCAAAAUGAUCUUGUGCAAUGUAGGGUUGUAUUUUCGACGACUCGGAAUUUGAAUUUACUUUUUUUUUGAGAAUCUUAAGGUACCCUUUGGAGAAAUUGGACACUUGUCAAAUGUCUAAAUGCUAGGGGCCUGGAAAUUACCCGUCUAAUAUCACAUUAGGCUAAGAACACAAACUUUUUUUCUCAGAGUGGAUCAAACCACUAAGCUUAGAAACCGUUUUUUCUCACGCAGCUACGUCUCUUAUUUAUGCCUUGAGGACUAUUUCUGGUUUUCUAGCUGUUAAUGCACUGUUGACCUUCAUAAUGGUGCCUUAUGCAACUGGCCCUUCUGUGGGGUCAAAUACAGGGGAAUGGGUGACGCAUGCUUAAUUAAGGCUCUUUUUUCACCUGGCAUUGUACUGUAUCAAUGUAUAAUAUGGACAAAACAAACAAAGAACAACAACGACAACAAAAAGAACACCUCUUUAAGAUCCUCCACAGUGAUGAACGAACGGGUGAAAAGUCCUUUGACAUGUCAACAUGUGUUCAUUUCCAACAACUUGACUGUCAGUGUUAAAAUGGGGAAAAAAAUAGACAUGGCAAUUGAAAACUAAUUCUGCUACCAUGAGACUCUUUUAAGAGACCUUGCACAACUGUACAGAUCUCACAUACCCACACACACCCACACACACAUACACACACACACACACCGGCUGUAUUUAUUAUGUAACAUUGUCACACAUAUUAAAGAUACAGAAGUAUUAAACAAACAAGAAAAACCAAUGUCAAUAUCUUGCUCAAAAGGCACAAGUUUUGAGUACCUGUCUAGCUAUCUGUUGGUAAUACUGAAAGUAUACUGCUUUUUGUUUUGUUUUUGUUUUUUUUGAAAAAGUGGAUGAAAUUUUUUGUGUAUGUAUAUUUGUGUGUAUAGUAUGUGUAUGUAUGUGUGUAUAUAUAUAUUAUAUAUAGAUAAUAUAUAAAUAUUUUUUUAAGAAGAAACUAGAAUGUUUAGCUAGAAAAUUCUACAGCCUGUGAAGAAGUAUUUCAAAAUGGCCAUAAAGGAGGUUAAAAGAAAUUGAAAACUAUAACCUAACUUUUAUAGAGGCUUUAUCUUUAAUUUAAUAGUUUGCUGGAGACAUUGUUGGCGUUGAGUCUUUUCCAGGCUGCUGAUUCUGCUAGUCACGAUUGGCAAGCCUGGAAUAGGGGACCUUCGGCCAUUUAGAAGGGGCAUGAACAAAAUACUGGCCAACCAGCUGGACUCAGACACACAAAGGUUUUAAUUUUCCUUUCAGCCUUACUAGAAGAUCUAACCUAAGAGUAAGCUGACCACAGGGAUUGUUUUUUAGAAUACUUUUUAUGCAGAUGAAACUAUUUUUUCCAGCAUGUAGAUUCUUCCAGCUUUUUCAAGGAGUACUUUCCCGGAAUUUGGCAUACCACAGCGUAGACAGCUGAUAUUUCUGAUAUUUCAUCCAGCUGCUUGGCUUUUUGGGUGUGGAUCUUUACAUAUAUGAGAAUGAGUCUGGCUGGGCUGGUAUUUCGUUUGAUCUUCCUGGAAACGAGCAAUGAUUAAAGCUCCCUUAACUGCUUUUUGUUUUGUUUUGUUUUAUUGUAUCUGGCCUGAUGAAUACAUUUCUCUACAGAACUGAUUUCAUUUUGCUCAAGGGGAAAAUGCACUUUUGUUUGGCAAUUCAAAAUCCUAGCACUUGAUUUGCUGGAUUUUGGAAAACUCCUUUUUUGGCCCUGCUGUGUGCUUAUCCAUAGCAAUUCCAUUAAGUAAGAAGGUAAACAGAAGAGAGAGGAAACUUGUGCUGGCGCGUCUCACUUAUGAAACACAGCGACGUUGCUGGACUGGCUGGGGCUGGGUGCCGUCCGUGUCGAUGCUGUAACUUUAAUACUAAGCAGUCCAUUCUGGUCAGGUGACAACUGAGCCUCAAUCAAGCAGGAACUUUUGCUUGAAAUUAAAAAAAAAAAUUUCUAUUAGUGAAAUUUCUUUAUUUCUUUUUUUUUGAAGCACCCUGUUAUCUAAAGAAUCUUUGUAAGAUUUUUGUAAAAUUUUGUUUUACAAGAUUUUAUUUGAAAUUGUUUUUUGCGAGAUUGUUAUAUUUCUGUAUGAAUGUAUUUUUUAUUCGAAUAACAUAAAAAGAAUUCUUAUCAGC